CACACACACACACACACACACACACACACACACUGACAUCCACUGAGGAAAGUAGAAGUCUGCGAUCCACAUUUAACAGAGCACAGGAAAACAAUGUCCUCUUGCAUGGUGAAGUCCAGAAGUAGAAACCCAUAUGCAGCUGUUCAGGUGGACCCAGACAGCGCUUACAUCACUCCAGGAACAUUAGACCUUGAGCAGCUGUUCUGGACCGGCACCACAGCUCAUUACACACACUUCAACGAGGUCUGGCCAGAUGUCUACAUCGGGGAUGAGAAAACUGCUCUGGAGCGGCCUGGUCUGAAGGAUCUGGGGAUUACACAUAUCCUGAAUGCAGCAGAGGGAAAGUGGAAUAAUGUGCUGACUGGUGCUCAGUACUACAGAGACAUGGAAAUCCAGUAUUAUGGUGUAGAGGCUGAUGACAAACCCACUUUCAACAUGUCCCAGUACUUCAGGCCUGCAGCAAAUUUCAUCCACGAGGCCCUCGCUCACCCACAGAACAAGGUCCUGGUGCACUGUGUGAUGGGCCGGAGCAGGUCAGCGACACUGGUCCUGGCAUACCUGAUGAUGAAACACAAUUUAACUGUAGUGGACGCAAUUGAGCAUGUGCGACAGCGCCGCUGUAUCCUGCCCAAUCACGGCUUCUUAAAACAGCUCAGAGCCCUGGACAUUUCACUGCAGGAGGAAAGGCUGAGACAAAAGAAAGAAACACAGGACCAACAGUAAAUACUAAGAAAGGAACUUAAAAAUGUAUUUUAACUUCAUGUCAUGUUUUCAUGGAUAUUAUUUUUUUCUUUUAAUAUAUAAUUAAAGUCAUGUUUUCAGUAACCGAGUAUGAAUCUCAUUAAGUUACUCACUCUGAUUCAGUCCAUAACUCU